AUGAAACAAAAUGAUCAAAGUGGUAAAAAUCACCCAAAAAGGUCUAAGAAGGACAAAUUUAAAUUAUAUAAGCCUAAGAAGAAAAAAAGUAGAGAAGAAGAUUCUGCUAUUCAAUAUUUGCAGGGACAAUACGAUAAAAUAACCCCAGAUACGAUUAAAACAUUCAAAGACUUUCCUUUGUCACAAAAAACAUUAAAAGGAUUAAAGGAUAAUAAUUUUAUAACACCAACAGAAAUACAGAGGCAAGCGAUAGGUUAUGCCUUGCAAGGCAAAGAUAUAUUAGGGGCUGCUAAAACAGAUACUGAUGCCUAUGCGAGAUCAUUAGGUUUAAUAGUUCCUCCAAGAAUAAGAUUCUUGCAUAAGUACCAAAAUAAUAAAAAGGAAAAAUCUGAGGAUGUAGCAAAAGUUGAAGUUCUUGAAAGGUUAAAAGCCAAGGCUGAAGAAGAUAAUGGAAUAGAUGAAAGUACAUCUGAAGAUGAAGAAAUUGUACCACAGAACACUAUAACCAAGAAAGUAAUUAAAGAACUGCCUAAAUUUAACUUUCAUAAUAAUGCUGAUAGUGAAGAAGAUGAAUUCCUUCAAGUUAAACAAAGUAAUGUUGAAAUCAAUGAACCAUUAGAAGAAGACGAAAAUACCAUGUCAAAAAAGAAAAAGAAACCAUUAACAAAAGCUGCUGUUGCUAAAAAGUUAUUAAAGAAGAAGAUCAAAGUAAACACACAAUUAAAGUUCACAGAAGAUGGAGACCCAAUAGAAAAUGAAAAGAAAGAUGUGAAAUCUGAAAUAGCCAAACAAUUUAUAAAUGAGGAUGUUGGUGGUAUUGAUAUAGAAAAGGCAAAGGAAGUUCUGCGUGAAGAAGAUAAAUUUGAUAAGAUAAGAUUCAGGGAGAAAGUUAAGGCUAAACAUAAGGAGCAAAAACGUAAACUUAAAAACAAAAAGAAGGAAGAAGCAGAGGAAAAAGAUGAAUUUGGAUCCCAGUCUGAAUCUGACGGCCCAGAUUUGUCGUGGUUACCAGAUCCUGAUAAAGUGUAUGGAAAGAAGGAAAGUGGAAGUGAGGCUGAAGAUCAAUCUGGUAACGAGCAAAACAGUAUGUCAGAAGAUGAAGGAGCAGAAAUAUAUCACAGGCCUUUGAAACAUAAACUGGUUGAAAACAGAGGUAUUCCUCAAGAGUCUGUGGCGCCACGGAAGAAAAAGAAGUUAACGGACAUAUCUGCAUCCCUAUCAAUACAAGAAGCUGAAACACUUGCAAUGCAGUUACUGCAACCAAAG